AUGGAGGAAAACGGUGUGUCCGUGGAAGUAGUGGCCGUGAAGGUGGAACCCGGAGUAAAUGGCGUAGACGAGGAGCAGACAAACGUGCCGACACCGGAAAAUAAUUCUAACCAGCCAGUAGCCGUGCAAUCAGAACCUGAGCCCUCUGCCGCCCUAGACGCGCAACACGGCAACCAAACAAAACCAUUCUCCUGCGAUAUAUGUAACCAGCAGUUCGAGUCCUACAAUCAUUUUGCUGCACAUAAACGACUGCAUAAAGGCAAAAAGGUGUACUCCUGCAAUACGUGCGAGAAACAAUUCGUACGGCAGAGUGAAUUGACUACACACGAACGUUGUCACACUGAAGAUAAACCAUACUCGUGUGAGUUUUGCGAAAAGAAGUUUUUGCGUUCAAUAGAACUGACAAACCAUAGGCGGAUACACACCGGCGAAAGGCCCUUCGAAUGUGAAGUAUGCAAUAAGAAAUUUGCGCAUGCGAGUAUCUUGCAUUUACAUAAACGCAUUCACACAGGUGAGAAGAAAUACUCGUGCGAUAUCUGCAAUAAGCACUUCGCGCGAUGGAAUGGCCUGGUUAUACAUAAAAAAUAUCACACAGGUGACAGGUCGCAUUCCUGUGAUAACUGCGAGAUGAAAUUUGUAACCUCUACUGAUUUGAAGAAACACAAACAGACGCAUAAUCGUGAAAAGCCAUAUUUGUGCAAAAUUUGCGAGGAUCAGUUCGAUGACAAGAAUGCUUUAGUGAGGCACAGACAAAGCCAUAUAGGCGAAAAUACAUGUAAGGAAUUGCUGUGCGACAUUUGUAACAAGUUAUUUGCGAGUGCGGAUCAUCUGUCCAGACAUAGAAAGUUACACAGCGGCGUGAAGCCAUAUAAUUGUGAAGUAUGCAACAAACAAUUCGCGAAUUCUAGUUACUUGAUCAAACAUAAGAAAAUACACACCGGCGAGAAGCCACACACUUGCGAAAUAUGCGAAAAGCGCUUCACGAAUUCCAAUGGCCUGACUAGACAUAAGAAAACCCACACUGGCGUAAAACCAUUUACGUGCGAAGUAUGUAAGCAGCAAUUCAGCGAGUUAAGUAAUUUGAAUCUUCAUAGGCGAAAACACACGGGUGAAAAACCGUACUCAUGCGAUGUAUGUGAAAAGAAAUUUGCCCGACCGGAUUAUUUAAAGACGCAUAAACGAAUACAUGUCGGCGAGACUCCUUCAAAGACUGAUGCUCAGUCAGUGUCAAAUUAA